AUGUCUCGCUACGAUGAUUACCGCUCGUCAUCAGGGACUCUGGACUCCCGCGACAGAUAUGAGCGAUACAGCCGAGGACCACCAGUAAUGGAACGCGAACGCGAACGAUCUCGCUCUCGCUCAAGACCCCGCCGUACAGAAGAGGAGCGUUUCGAAUUCCGCCUCAACGAAGACGAUAGAUACGGUCCACCUGCUCGUGCUUCUGGACGUUACUAUGAAGAUGACCAUCUGGUUCAGCCAUCUGGACCGGUAGUGGCGCAUGAUCGCCGCCGCCGUCAAAGAGACGAUAGCCCCUCGUUCGCUCCGCCACGUUUAAUUAGGCGACAAUCCUCGCUCGAUACCUUUGAUCGUAUUCCCAGACGCAAGAUGGAACCUGCUCCAAGGGCACCCCGGGAGCCUCCUACCCCGCUGCGUCCGAGACCCGGCCCCUCUCCGGGCCGUUAUCGUGAGCGUGAGGUUUAUGAGGACAUCCGUAUCGCUGAACCGGAUUACUAUGGUGAUGAGGAGUAUCGUGAAUUUGAAGAGAGAGAAACCAUGCAUCGAAGGCGUUCGAGUAGUACGCAUAAACGUCGACAUGAGGAGAAGCCGUAUCCGCGGAAGGGAAAGACUCGCAUUCCACGCAAGUUUGUGCAUAUUCAUGCGAUUUUGGAUUUGGGCUAUCCUUUCAAAGAAGAGGAAUCAACAAUCGUCAUUCAGAAAGCUUUGUCAAAGGAGCAGAUUGAUGAAGUAAUCAGUCUCAGUCGGGAGUUCAGACGUCCUUCGCAUUCGCAUGAAGAAACCGAGUACCUACGAAUCCCAGCCUCUCCUCGAGGACGACGAGUUGUGACAGAGCAUUUGCAAAUAGAGGCUCAUCAUUCACCCCGUGCAAGCCACGAGACGUUCAUUCUCGAAUCAUCACCAACCAGGCACCGUGAUGUUCAGUAUGAGGAAGUGAUUGAAAGACCUGCACCACGCAGACACACUAUCUCUCGACCCCGUUCUGUUUCUGUGAAUACAAAUGCCCGACUUGUCUCUCCCGUGCGAUAUGUCCGGCCUCAAGAUUAUUCUGAGGAAUACAUUGAAUCAAGGCCUCGUGAAUCCGGUUCUUUGGUUCUUGUACGACCUCGACACAGCGAACAUGAUGUCUCCGGCUACAUUCACGAUCUAGAAGAGGAGACUAGACUGUUGCGAUUAGAGCGUCAGGGCGGUAUUGAAAUCACUCGGCAACGCGAAACGGAUAUCAUUGAUAGUAGAGGCAAUGAGGAGGAAGUGACCGAGAUUCGCACGCAGGAGCGCAGAGAACCUAAUUCAAGGGUGAUGCGGGCCAUGAUGGCGACUUUAACUUAA